AUGGUGCAUCCAGCAAACUCUGCCAAUACGACAGAACAAAGGGGCGUGAAUGCUGAUAACGGCCCUCAGCGAGACCUCGGUGCAAGAAUAGUCGAGGAUCAGGACCCUAAAGACUAUGUUGAGGUCUUCGAGGGCCUCAUGGACUUCCAAGCGGCAACAGAUGCGAUCAAGUGCCGCGCCUUCCAGAUCGCGCUCACAGGCARCGCGCGCUUGUGGUACCGAAGACUGCCGGCCAGGUCGAUCUCGACCUACUCCCAGCUGAGGAAGGAGUUCAUCAGUCAGUUCYCCUCKCGGCAUUAUGAUAGAAAGACAGCGACUCACCUUGCCACCAUCAGGCAGAAGGAAKGAGAGACGCUGAGAGAAUAUGUCACAAGGUUCCAGGAGGAGCAGCUGAAGGUUGUGCACUGCUCCGACGAUUCGGCCAUGUGCUACUUCCUCACCGGCCUGGCCGAUGAGACCCUCACUGUGAAGCUCGGAGAGGAGGCUCCGGCAACCUUCGCCGAAGUCUUGCAGAAGGCAAAGAAAGUCAUUGAUGGGCAAGAGCUCCUCCGAACCAAGACUGGCCGACCUGAAAAGCAGAUCGAUCAGAAGAAAUUGAUUCAAGAGAAAAGAAAGACUGAUUCCAAGUCCAGAGACAAGGGAUCGUCUUCUUCCGCCAGCAGAGCAGAGCACCGUAGGUUGGAGAGCGGCCCCAGCCGGAGCCGACCUUAUGAACGGUACACACCAACCACCAUCCUCAUCUCCGAGAUACUCACGAACAUCGAGGAGAGCGGGAUGGAAAAGCUCCUCAAGUCACCUGAGAAGCUCCGAGGAGACCCAGAAAAGCGCAGCAAGGAUAAGAACUGCCGUUUUCAUCGCGAUCACGACCAUAAUACGACAAGUUGCUGGGAGUUGAAGCGCCAGAUUGAAGACCUCAUUCAAGAUGGCUACUUUAAAAAAUUCGUGGGCAAACCGAGGUCUAACUCGGUCGAAAAGAAAGAAGAGAGGAAGCGUUCAAGAACGCCGCCUCGCCGGGAUGACCGACCUGCGGUCAUCAACACUAUUUUCGGAGGUCCGAGCGGGGGCCAGUCCGGAAACAAAAGGAAAGAACUAGCUCGCGAGGCCAGGCGCGAGGUAUGCAUUAUCAGGGAGCAAAAACCUACUUGCUCCAUCACUUUCGACGAUGCCGACUUGGAGGGGGUCCACUUGCCCCAUAACGAUGCACUGGUGAUCGCCCCUCUGAUCGAUCACGUCUUGGUCCUAUUGGUUGAUGGAGGCGCAUCUGCCAACAUCUUGUCCCUCCCAACAUAUCUAGCAUUGGGAUGGACCAGGUUACAAUUAAAGAAGAGUCCAACACGUUGGUUGGAUUCUCUGGAGAAUCAGUCUCCCCAGAAGGGUGCAUUGACCUGCCGGUAA